AGUGGUAAGAACAUGUACACUGAAACUGAGGUUCUAACUUCGACUCAAGCUGGAAGCAAUCUUGCUCCGCUUCCGAGGUAAAUUCUCCAAUAGCCACUUUGUAAGCACGGCACUACCGCCGGUUUGGAACACUUCGCUUGCUCUCACGGCAGAUUGCAGAAAGUUAUGAUCUCGAGAUGCCAGCCACCUAGUACACGUUCUCGAAUUCGGAGCAGUAAAAAUCUGGAUCCUGCUCUGGCUGGACCGUGUGCACCUGGGAUUUAGUAUAUAAUAUAUCGCCCUGAACAUAUUUCAAUCACUCGCAGUUUUCUAGCUCUUGAAACGUCCUGAUCCCGUUCCCUCUGCCGUAUUCGAGUCUUUCGUUCUCGCCUGUAUCGAUCCCAUCUUCUUGACUCGGAAGAUAACUAGAAGGUUGCUGAUUUUCUCAGCAGGAGCUCACUGCUCUCUCAGAAUCUUUCACUCAUCGUCAUGGACCUCAAAUUGGGAGCUCUACUUUCAGUCACGCUUGCAGCGCUCAUGAUUUCUGGGCCUCUCUUGGUUAACGCCCAGGCAUCGGUGGAGCUAGUGAACCUCAUCGGAGACCCCGUUACGACUACCUGUGUCGCUGACAAUGCCAACCGCCCCUCCGUUACAAUCGCCCCAAUGGGCACUGAGUUCUGGGAAUUCAACGGCGACAUGCUCUCCUUGGGCUGGACCUGUCACUUCGAGUGGUCGGACUCCAGUGACUGCGCAGCCGGACCUACUUGCAAGCUCCACACGCAGGAUGUGAAGGUAUGGCAGGGCGUGAUGGGUCACCGCAAGCUGGUCGGAGCCAUUGCUCUUACCCCGUGCGCUAGCUGCAUCUGGCAGAUCAAGUUCGAUGGAUUUUAUCGAGCUGACAAGAAGGAUAUGGCAUACAGUUUCGUUGUCGGCUGGAACUAAGUACCUGAUAUUAACCGGUUUGGUCUGUGGAGGAGAAUUGUCUUCGAUGCCAAUCCUCCAGUGGACCAGUUUUGUUGAAGUUUGGUUUUGGAGGGUUUUCUGGCGGAAGAGUUUUCGGAGGAACUUUCAGUUGUUAAUAUUUUUAUCUUCAUGGUGCUCAUGUAAUGGGAUGUGUACAGCAAGUGUUAGUAGUUUUAUUUGAAGUAGUGGUUGCCAUCUCCAGCAAUGUACUAACUUACAAAGGUGUGACCAUACGUUUUCAUUCUUUCAGUAGUACUUUUGAAAUUUUCAAUCACAGGACCAACUGUAUCAUGGUUGUCCACGUGAAUAAAUAAAUACUGUAUUCCGGUGUAA